UUUCAAUUGGACCAGCGAGGAUAGCUACCUCGGCCUCGAGGAGCACCUAAUCUAUUCUGGGAGUUCGGAGCCUUCCCGCCCAGGUAAAACGAUGCGGAAAUCGCGUUCUAGGGUUGCAGUCACGCUCAUGGAUUCUCCUGAGGGCCGUCAGGUCGCCGCCACCCCGUCAGUAUCAUCUCCCACAGUCGAAGACUCCCCAUUUUUCAAUUUCCUAAGCACUCUUUCUCCUAUAAAGUCAGUCAAGUCCGCACAUUUGGCACAUAGGUUUUCAGAGGCUAAUUUUCCUCCCCCACAACCAGUGUUUACUUCACCCCGUAUGGAUCAGCCGCGUGAAGCAAGUUCUCUGGAAAGUAGGAAGGUAGUUGCAGCAAGUUCAGAUGUUUGUGGACAAUGUGAUUUUCACUUUAAUAAUGCAGGGUUGGUUCCUUGCUCUGAGAGAGGAAUCCAGCCAGUUAGUUCUUCAUGGAAAGUCAAUGAGUAUCUGGCUGAUGCUGUACAGGUUGAUAGCAUGAAAUGUUCCGAGUUAAAUUUGAAACCAGCUAAUGACGCCCCUCACAUGUUACAAAGUGUCCAGAGGAAUGAUGAAAGAUGUUCUGGGUUCACAUAUUAUGAUUCUAAAAAAUUCAAGGUUGAAACUGAUAUGCUUUUGGGCCCUGCUGUGGAACAACACUACGGCCAAUUUGUGUCUCAGAACUCAGGCAUUCGACAAGAUGAAUGGGUUUGUAUGUCUGAACCAUCCCUUGAAUCGUCGCUGCUUGUUGGAACAUCUGAAAAUUCUUAUAGGAGUUCAAGAUCAGCUUCAAAAGGACUUACUGAGGUGUUUGGUCAUCAACAACGUGGUACACGUAGGCAUCUUCAAUUUGAGGCAGUUCAAAGCCACAGUCCUUGUAACCAAAUGGAUUAUACAGCCAAUCUGAGGUUACCAGCUAGGCAUACAAACAUGGAGAGUCUGUUAUUGUCCUACAGGCAACCUAGAGAAUGCAGCAGCAGUCUGCUCUCGGUGAACCAUUCCAAUGCCAUGACUUCCCAGUCUUCUCUUUGCCCAGCUAAAACACUAGAGGCUUGUUCUGAAAUGCUUAGACAUGUUCUAAACGAUGGAAAUUCUUCCACAUCAGCUCCUAUGACAUCUGGUAUUGGUUUGCAUUUAAAUAGCAUUGGCAAAACUGUCUCAAUGGGUUCCAAUGCUAUUAAGCCAUCUGCUAGUAUACCAGAGAAGGUAGAAAGCCAUAAUUUAAUAAAUGAGUCAAACAGUAAUUCAACUUCAGAUUCAGUAACUACAUCUAGCAAGAUUUUAGAUCACACAGACAACUACUGCCAGGAAAGUCAAGCUGUAGCUGCAGUUAAGUCUGUCGUGGAACCUUUGAACUCAUCGUUGGAUAUAAAACUUAUCAAGCAGCAGACAACUAUUCGUGACAAUAAUAUGACUGCUUCAGAAGGUCCUCACAGAAUUGAAGUGUUGAAUCAAAGAAGCCCAAAGGAAAAGAGGAAGCGGGCAACGUACAGUAAUGAGAGUGGAGGCUGCAAGCGCUGUACUUGCAAGCGGUCUAAAUGCUUGAAACUUUAUUGUGAGUGCUUUGCAGUAGGAAUCUAUUGUGCAGAUUCUUGUGCGUGUCAAAGCUGCUUUAACAGGCCGGAAUAUGAAGACAAGGUUCUUGAUACACGGCAACAAAUUGGAUCGCGCAAUCCACUUGCAUUCGUUCCAAAAAUUGAAGAAGGUAAUGGGAUGACCCCUUCCUCAGCCAGGCACAAGAGAGGAUGCAAUUGCAAAAAGUCAAAGUGUCUGAAAAAAUAUUGUGAAUGCUAUCAGGCUCGAGUUAGGUGCUCGGAUGGUUGCCGGUGUGAAGGUUGUAAAAAUUCCUUUGGAGCGAAAGCAGAAACAGCAUAUGGGAAUGUCUCUUCUGAAGAGAGGCUGGAUACGAUGGAUGCUGGAACCAUUCUCGCAGAUGAAUUCAAAUUGCCGUUUCUUGGCAAUGGAGGUCAGGAGAUGAUUUCUUACGACCAUGGUUUAGAUUGCUGCACGGUGAGGUUGGAGGAUCAAUUCUCGCCAACAUGGGAAGGACUUGCUGACAUAAACAUAAACUAUCUCACCCCACUCUCAUACCCACAGUUAGCAACAGCGUCUUUGGUUUCAGCGAAUCCGGUGGAUUGCGCCAGAGUUUCACAAGAUCGAUUUAAUGAGGGAAGCUGCCAUCAAUCACCAGGUGGCUCCUUCCAUUGGCAUGCUUCUUCCACUAAUUUGACGAGAAAUCCUCCAAAGUUAAUCUAAAGAGGGCCGUUGCACGCCAUAUUCGUUGCCCUAAAUGGCUUUUUCAUAAACAUAGAUAACUUCCUCAUUCUCCAUAUUUACACAUUAAGGCUCAUACAUUUGAAAUAAAGUGGUUGAGUGGUUGAUAUA